AUGUGGUUUUUCGGAUCGAAAGGAGCAUCUGGAUUCUCGUCUCGUUCCACAGCAGAGGAAGUUACACAUGGAGUUGAUGGAACUGGCCUCACUGCUAUAGUUACAGGAGCAUCGAGUGGUAUAGGAGUAGAGACAGCGCGUGUUCUUGCACUGCGUGGUGUCCACGUGGUUAUGGCUGUGAGGAACACUGGCUCUGGUGCUAAAGUUAAACAAGAUAUUGUGAACCAAGUCCCUGGGGCUAAACUUGAUGUCAUGGAGUUAGAUCUCAGCUCAAUGGAUUCUGUCAAGAAAUUUGCAUCUGACUUCAAAUCUGCCGGUCUUCCACUUAACCUCUUGAUCAACAACGCUGGAAUAAUGGCAUGUCCUUUUAUGCUCUCUAAGGACAACAUCGAGCUCCAAUUUGCAACCAACCAUUUAGGUCAUUUUCUGUUAACGAAACUUCUGCUAGACACAAUGAAGAACACAUCACGUGAGAGCAAAAGAGAAGGAAGGAUUGUUAAUCUAUCUUCAGAAGCUCACAAGUACUCCUACCCUGAAGGAGUCCGCUUAGAUAAGAAUAAGAUCAAUGACAAGUCAAGUUACAGUAGUUUCCGAGCUUAUGGUCAGUCUAAACUCUGCAACGUAUUGCAUGCCAACGAGCUUUCAAAGCAACUCAAGGAUGAUGGAGUCAACAUAACAGCAAACUCACUUCAUCCAGGAGCCAUUAUGACAAAUCUCGGGCGCCACUUCAACAGCUAUUUAGCUGGAGCUGUUGGUGCAGUGCUUAAACAUGUUCUCAAGACCGUUCCGCAGGGGGCAGCAACAACAUGCUAUGUGGCAUUGCAUCCUCAGGUUUCAGGGGUUACAGGGGAAUACUUCUUAGACAGCAACAUUGCUAAACCAUUACCACUCGCCAAAGAUUCAGAAUUGGCCAAGAAAGUUUGGCAUUUCACCAAUAACCUCACCGAUUCGCAACCAGGAGAAAGUAGUUCUUGA